AUGAAUGUAGCAAGAUAUAAAGCAAAAGGAGACAAGAUAUGGUAUUUCUUCACACCAAGGGAUAUGUUCAACAAGGGGAAGCUUGCAAAGAGAAUGACAGUAAAUGGAUAUUGGAAACAAAGAGGAGCUAGUAAGAAUAUUGAGAAUGAUUCUGGUAAAUUAAUUGGUGUUCAGAAAACAUUUGUUUACUACAGAGGAAAUGCUCCUAAUCGUGAAAAGACUUGUUGGCUUAUGAAAGAGUUUGAGGCUGAUGCUUCUUCCCAACCUGACAAGCGGAAAGGAGUAAUGGUAUUGGAUUAUGUACUCUGCAGCAUGCACAAAGAUGAUAAAUUAGACAGACGGAAGUCACCAAGAAAACAAGCAGCUGAAGCAGUCAACAACAACACCGGCAAUAUCAACCACCCAUCAAAUAACACUAUGACCAGCGUUGCCAGCUAUGAUCAGGAGCAGCACAACCACAUUGGCAAUCACGAGUUUGCACAGCAGUGCUACUUUCCCAACAACACCGAUCAAGAAGUCAGCAGCCUGCAGAAUUAUGCAUCCAUGUCAAGCUUGUGGAGUAAUGCUAGUCACAAUGACAAUAACGAUCCUCUUGAACAACAGCUUAUGGCGAUUCCUCAGUCAUUUUUAAACCCUCCUUGUUCUAUUGAUAGUAAUGAUUAUCAACCUUUGCCGAGUUACGAUCAUUAUCCUCCCGAGACAGAGCUCAAUGUUGAUGUUGAAACAUAUGACUUUUACUCAGCUGUAGCUCCAUAUGAGAGGAUACAUGUGAGUACAAAUAUAACACCACCAUAA